AUGUUUAUUCUUUCAGAUGAUAAUGUUGCAUAUUCCAAUAGUAUAAACAGUGAAGAAAUUGAAGAGAGCGAUUAUGAGAAUAGCGAGGCACAUUCAAGAUAUUAUGAAGAAACAGAUGAAGAAGAAAGUAAUAAUAAUGAUAUAGAUGAUGAAGAUUUAUGUUUAUUUAAAUAUGUAUGUAUAGGUUCUUUAGAUGAUGUAGAUAUAUUAUUAAAAUAUAGUCUUUUUAAUAGAGAUAUAGAUAAAUCAGCAAAUUUUAUUGUGAAAAAAAUAUUAAUUGCAUCCAAAAAAAAAUUAAAUUAUUGUAAUAAAAAAAUAUUAAAUUGGGAUAAUCAUAUAAUAUAUUUUAUUAUAUGUACAGAUAAAAAACUUGCAUUAUUUUUAAUAGGUCUAGAUUUAAAAGCAUCAUUUAAAAAUUAUGCAUUUGAAUUUUUAAGAAAACUUGAAAUAUAUGCUAAGUCUAAUUUAUUUUAUGAUAAAAAUUAUGUAUCAAGUCAUGUAAACCCAUCAAAAGUUCAUACUAUUGAAUGUUUUAUGAAAACCACAAUUAAAAAUUUAAAUAAAUGUUGUAAAAAUGAAAAAAUUUUUGCUGUAAAACAAAAAUUAAAUAAAAUUAAUUCAGUUAUGAAUAAUCAUAUAGAUACCUUAUACAAAUCCAGAGGAAAUAUUAAAGCCUUACAAUAUAAAACGGAGGAUAUGUCAAAAAAUACUUUAAAUUUUGUACAAAACACAAAAAAAUUAAAAAGAAUUAUGUUCCUUAAAUACUGGAAAACUUAUUUUCUAUGUGCUUGCUUUUUAAUCAUAGGAUUUAAGGUAUACAGAUCCAUUUAA